CACUAAAAAAGACUAGACACUUGCCAGACGGCUCGCUGACAAAUUGUUGCGAUUUGCAAAUGUGCUUUCUUUUCUGUGAACAAUAUUUCUUCGUUUUCUUGUAAAUUAUGACUGACACUGAGACUCAGAAUGGUCUUCCCGGAGAACAACCACCGGAGAAGACCGCCAAACAACUAGAGAAGGAGGCGAAAAAGGCUGCAAAAUUGGAGAAACUCAAAGCAAAAUUGGAUAAAAAAAGUUCAGUGCCAGCUGUGCAAAAAGAAAAACCAGAGAAAAAGGUUAAGGAAACAAAAGAAAGUGCAGUAUAUACAGCCAAUACAGCACCUGGUGAUAAAAAGGAUACUUCAGGAUCUAUGCCUGAUGCAUAUAGCCCUCAAUAUGUAGAGGCUGCAUGGUAUGCUUGGUGGGAGAAGCAGGGUUUUUUCAAACCAGAAUAUGGGCGAAAAUCCAUCCUGGAUCCGAAUCCAAAAGGCAAAUUUGUGAUGGUGAUACCACCACCCAACGUGACAGGCACCUUACAUCUGGGGCAUGCACUCACAAAUGCUGUUGAAGAUGCCAUCACAAGAUGGCAUAGGAUGAAUGGUCGCACAACACUAUGGAACCCAGGCUGUGACCACGCUGGUAUUGCAACACAAGUUGUAGUGGAGAAGAAGAUAUGGAGAGAAGAGAAGAAGACCAGGCAUGACAUUGGUAGGGAAGAUUUCAUUAAACGUGUUUGGGAGUGGAGAAACCAAAAAGGCGAUAGGAUCUACGAGCAGCUCCGUUCACUGGGCUCCUCGUUCGAUUGGUCCCGCGUACGGUUCACCAUGGAUCCAUCCAUGUGCCGAGCCGUCAACGAGGCCUUCAUAAGGCUCCACGACGCCGGCGACAUCUACCGGGCGAACCGCAUGGUCAACUGGUCGUGUGCUCUCAAAAGUGCUAUAUCCGAUAUUGAAGUAGACAAGAUCACUAUUGCUGAACGAACGAUGCUGGCGAUACCCGGUUAUGAGCAGAAGGUGGAGUUUGGCGUUCUUGUAUUAUUCGCAUACAAAGUGGAGGGUUCAGAUGAGGAGGUGGUGGUGGCAACCACGCGCGUCGAGACAAUGCUCGGAGACGUCGCCGUGGCGGUACACCCUAAUGACACUAGGUAUAAGCAUUUGCUUGGAAAACACUUAGUGCAUCCAUUCUGCAAGCGGAAAUUGCCAGUCAUCGCGGACGAUUAUGUGGACAUGAACUUCGGAACAGGUGCUGUAAAGAUCACCCCGGCCCACGACCCGAACGACUACGAGAUCGGCAAGCGGCACAACCUGCCGUUCAUCACCAUCUUCGACGAUGAGGGCAAAAUGCUGGACAACUGCGCUCAGUUCUCCGGCAUGAAACGUUUCGACGUCCGCCGCAGUAUCAUCAAAGCGUUGGAACAGCUCAAGCUGUACCGCGAGACGAAGAACAACCCUAUGGUGGUGCCGCUGUGCAGCCGCUCCAAGGACGUCGUGGAGCCCAUGCUCAAACCACAGUGGUACAUAAAAUGUGAUAAAAUGGCGGCGGAGGCCAUAAAAGCGGUGAAGAGUGGUGAGUUGAAGAUCAUCCCAGAGGUGCACGAGAAGAUAUGGUACCACUGGAUGGAGGACAUCCGAGAUUGGUGCAUCUCGAGGCAACUGUGGUGGGGCCACCGGAUACCCGCCUACAGAGUGGUAGCUCCCGAACAGGACGAAGAUCGAGCGGAACGAACGAAAACGGCCCCGCGCCGACGUCGCACACGGUCCGGGCGCAAGAAGAGCGGCCGCAUCCGCGCGCGCCGCCUGCUGCCCCCUAGCGGUACUACUAAGAAACAAGACGAGAUAUGGGUAUCAGCACACACGGAGGAAGAGGCGUUGUCCAAGGCAGCUGCGAAGUUGGAUGUGCCCCGAGAUCAGAUCCAGCUGGCUAGAGAUGAGGAUGUACUUGACACGUGGUUCUCGUCAGGACUGUUUCCCUUCUCGAUCUUCGGGUGGCCUGAUGAGACUGAGGAUCUCAAGGCAUUCUACCCGGGCAGCCUGUUAGAGACUGGGCAUGACAUUCUGUUUUUCUGGGUGGCGAGGAUGGUAUUCUUUGGACAACGACUGUUGGGCAAGUUGCCAUUCAAGGAAGUCUAUCUCCACCCUAUGGUCCGCGACGCCCACGGCCGCAAGAUGUCCAAAUCCCUGGGCAAUGUCAUCGACCCCGUGGACGUGGUGCGGGGGGUCACACUUGAACAGCUGCACGAGCAACUGGCCGAGUCCAACCUGGACCCUAAGGAGAUCGAGAAGGCGAAGCAAGGCCAGAAGCAGGACUAUCCUAACGGCAUACCCGAGUGUGGUACUGAUGCGUUAAGGUUUGCAUUAUGUGCAAUGACUCAAGGUCGCGACUUGAACUUGGACAUCUUGCGCGUACAAGGCUACCGGUUCUUCUGCAACAAACUGUGGAACGCAACCAAGUUCGCACUCAUGUAUUUCCCACAAGGCACCACUUAUCAGGUCCACGAGCCGACGUUACCGAGUGAUCUCAGUCCGAUGGACCGCUGGAUGCUGUCGCGGCUGUCCCUCGCCGUGAGCCGAGUGAACGCUGGCUUCAAGGCGUACGAGUUCCCCUCGGCCACCACGCACUGCUACAACUUGUGGUUGUAUGACCUCUGUGAUGUAUAUUUGGAGUACCUGAAACCAGUAUUCACCCAAGGCAGCGAGGGCCAGAAGGCGGCAGCGCGCCGUACCUUGUACACCACACUAGAGUAUGGACUGAAGCUGCUGAGUCCAUUCAUGCCAUUCGUUACCGAGGAGCUGUACCAGCGGCUGCCCAGAGCCGACACGUCCUGUCCGUCUAUAUGUGUCGCCAGUUAUCCCACUGACGCAGAGUCUCCAUGGCGUUCGGAGGAUCUAGAAUCUUCUGUGGACACAGUAAUGAAGAUGGUCCAUCUAAUCAGAUCCACUCGCUCCGAGUACAAUAUUACCAACAAACAGAAGACAACCGUCCACCUAAUAAUCUCAGACCCUAGAGCAGAGGAGCUGAAGAGUUUGUUCAGGAGUCUCCAAUCGCUGUCCAACAGUGAGCUCUCUGAUGAGCAGCCUCCUAUAGGAUGUUCGAUUUUAACCGUCUCAGAUAAGAUUGAAGUACAUUUAGUUCUAAAGGGUUUAAUCGAUCCUCAAAAAGAAACGGCGAAAUUGGAGAAGAAGAAGGAAACGUUAAGUCAGACGAUAAAUAAGCUGCAGCAAGCAAUAGCAGCCGAAGAUUACGCGGUGAAAGUACCUAUAGAAGUACAAAAGAGCAAUACAGAGAAGCUAGCUCAAUCACAAGGCGAGAUCCAGAGAUUAGAGAAAGCUAUAGAAACAUUAAAACUUAUGUAAAAUAAAUAAAUUAUAAAAUCUACUCUAAGUAGUAAAAUAUCGACCAUCAAAAUAACUGUUUGAUUUUAUUCGUAAACUAUUAGUUAAUUGUUUGAGUUUUGAAAUAAAUUACAUUUCAGGUCUGGUACUAAAAAAUCAAAGAAAAAUAUGAUUAAUAAAAUCUGCGGGUCAUUAGGGCUUUUUAAAAAAAGGUCAUAGUUGAGGCCUAUAAAAUCAAAGGCAGCAUAAGAUCGUAAAAUAAGUUAACUGUGGCGCCAUCUAGUUUAAUUAAUUAAACACGCUUUGGUGUAUUUAGUUUACUAAUAAGUGAAGCAAAGCUCUAGUAAAUUCAGUUCAAAAACUGACAUUGGUAUCAAAUACAGCUACAUGCUAACCACUAAGAAUCAAAUAUAGCUAGAAGUUAUGCCCGCCAGAGAUUUGGAUCUCGGAUUUUCUUUGAUUUUAUAAGCCUCAGUUACUAUAAUAUAAUAACUUUAAUGGGGUCGAGUCUGAGACGCCAUUUUCUCUAAAUUUAUCUCUUAAUUUUAUAUUUUUGUGAUAUUACUGUUUUAUCAUAAAUUUAAAUUAUAAUAAAUUUGACGUUAUUCUAUUAGAAAAUUAGUUUAUACUAGCGGCCCGUCCCGGCGUCGCACGGGUGGACAUUUUUACGUUUUAAAAAGUGGCCAUUAAGGCUGCACACGCGACGGAAGCUUAAAAAUGGAGUAACUUCUCCCGUUUUCCCAACGUUUCCCUUCACUGCUCUGCUCCUAUAGAUCGUAGCGUGAUAAAAAGUAUACUAUAACCUGCCCAGGAGUAUGAAGAAUAAUUGUACCAAGUUUCGUUAAAAUCUGUCAAGUAGUUUUUGUUUCUAUAACGAACAUACAGACAGACAGACAAAAUUUUUACUGAUUGCAUUUUUGGCAUCAGUAUCGAUCACUAAUCACCCCCUGAUAGUUAUUUUGGAAAUAUAUUUCAUGUACAGAAUUGACCUCUACAGAUUUAUUAUAAGUAUAGAUUGGUCCUUACAAUAAAGGUUUCCCUGUGAUGUUACAAUGAAAUUUUAAUUUUAGAGAUAGAUUUAGAGAAAUAACAUCUCAGAUUCGACCCCUUUGUCUAUGUUUGUAUUAAGAUUAGAGAGUGUUUCAGUUACGUAUGUAAUUAAUACAUUGUGUGAAUUUUUGAACUAUUGAAAGACAAGCUUAUUUAAAUCUAGUUAUUUUCGUCAAUAGUGAAUAUGGAAGAUGUAAUUACGUAUAUUUUGCGGCUAGGGUUGCCACGUCAUUGUUAUAUGUUAAAAUUCUUUUGUAUUUUUUUUUAUAUUUUCAAACCAAAUUUAUACUAUGUAGAGACUUCAUAUUAAUAUGAUUUUUUAUGGCACCCCUGUAGCCAUAUGAUAAAGAAUUUACUAUACUUAAUUCUCUAGUUUAUUAUUUAAUGUGUGUAUAUUUGGUUAAUUUCAAUGUUUAGCAAAGUUUAGCAGUUUUAUUCAUAUCGAUAAUUUUCAAAAUUUAUGAAAGAUCACUGUGCAGGCACAAGCUUCUGAGUAUUAAUCUUGUAAUGUACAAACCCUUAAAAUAUUCUUAUAAAUUUUCUUGUAGAAUUAUAAAUUACAUAUUUUUUAUUAAAAAUAAAAGUGACAACAGAAUUUAGGACAAAUUUAUAUUUUGUUCAUAGUAAAAUCAUGGCAUAGCAGAGCAUUCAUGCUGUAUCAACAUUUGGUUUGAUAAAUAUUUUUGCAUUUUUCAUAUCACUUUAAGAUUCUAAACUGUAUAUUGGAAUAAAGAUGUAUUCCCAUUCAAGCUUUACAGAAUACAAACUGUUAUUGCCUACUAUAUUUUACUAUACUUUACUAUAUUUGUGAAAUAAUUUUAUUUAACAUUUAUUUUUCAUUUACACAAGAAUCUGUUUUUCUAGGCUGAGCAAGCACAAUAUGUAAACAACUUUAAUGGAUAUCUUUUUGUAUACAUUAGUAAUUUAAAAAUAAAACAAUAUAAAAUACCCAUAAUCACUUAAAGUAAAAUCUUAUUGUUUUAUAUAUGGGUAUUUCUCUGUAAGCUCGUACAGGUCCCAUACAAAUGCUGUCCUGACAAUUAUUUUUGCCAUUUGCCAAAAAACCGUGUCGUAUUUCGAAGAAAAUUAACUACUAUUUUAAUUAGAUAAGGAGGCCCACUGAAUUUAUACGUAUUUUCCGAGUUAUUAACGAUUUUUCAAAAAAUCAUGACAGGGGACUGUAUGAGGUAUCAGGGGACUGUUAUAGGGCCAUAGCUCAAGAAAUGCCCUCGUUCGAUGCCACAUGGAAGAGUAUUGAAAAUUGGUCGUAGAUGUGUCCAAAGAGCAGCAGAUGAAUGGGCUAUGUUCUCGGAGACUGUGCAACAAGAAAGAAUGGAAUUUCGUAGGUAAACCACUAAGGUAUGCAGGCUCAAUUGUGCUCGAGAUCCAUCGAAAUGAAAGUUCUGUAUCUCUUUUGCGUAUUUAGUGCUAUAAUUCUCGCUAAAAUCUACGUGGAUCAGAACUUCAUCAUCUUGUAGAUUUGACUUUAAAUUAUUCACUGUUUUAUAUUGGUGAACAAUAUUUCGGUGGUGAUAAAAAAUUUGUGUAAAUCUGUCUGUAAAUGUGUUAUGAUGGAUGGAUAUCCAAAUGUUUUUUUCAAAUAUUUAGUCACCAGUCGGUUCCAUUUAGUCUUAAAAUCUUGAAUUUCAGAUAUCCACAUUUUAUAUCCUUUCUGUCAUCAAUUUGUUUAUAUUUCGGGUUUUUAUCAAUGCGAGUAUGACAUGAUCUCGCCAAACAAUUAACAUUAUAUCGGUCUCAACAUAGAUCUUUCAGCAACUUUUGGUGAUUGUUGUAAGUCAAUAUGUUAUUAGUAUGAAGUGCGCUGAGCUUCAUGUCUAUGUUACUAUGAACUAUGCAAAGACAUGUAUCGUGGUUUUGAGCGUUUGGCUUCACAACCCAAAAUGGACGGAGUCGGCAAAAUUUUUGGUAGCUAAUUUUUAUGUGCCCAGUAAUAAACUUUUUAUAAAGAUUAAAAACUGUAUCAAGAAGAUAUCUCUUCUGCUUCUUCACAGUAUUUCUAGUCAUAAAGUUGUAAAUUGUACUUCACAAGUUUUUUUUUCUAAACGUGCGAUUUAUUUAUUUAUUUCUCUGUUAAACUUCUUUUGUUGUUCUAAUACUUCUUUUCUUCUUUGCUGUAGACUAGUACUGGAAAGAUAUUUGAACUGGAACUAGAGUGGCGGGUCUUGUAGACAAAGUAUCUGCUUCUGGAUCUGAUAACGGUGUAUUUUCUCGUACAAAAUUAUUAGUGACGCUUUUCAGUCUUAGUUUUUUGGCUCGGUAUACAGUACAAUAUUCAUUUCACUUCUUUAAGGCAGCUCUGUACUCACAAGAUGACCAUUACUAAUUUUCACAAACCUUUUUCUUUCUUCUUUUGGUACUUCAACUUCUCCUUUUCUCUUAUUUGUUUUCUCAUUUCAGAAUAUUUUUUCUUCUUUUGUAUCGUAGUUGCUCUGCUUCUCUAUUUUUUAUAGUAGUUCCCCUUUGGCAUUUUUUUUUUCUUUUUAGGAACAAUAUCAUGUAUGUUUGAUCGACCUGUAUAAAAUAAGUUUAUAAAGGAAAAUAAUGCAAAGCAAUGAUACUUAGCGGAUAAAUUUACACCAACAAUAUAUAAAAACAAUAACCAAUAUGCAAAAUACACAGUCCCCUGUUGUUUAAAACAGUCCCCUGCUGCAUUUUCAGGCUGGGGACUGUUGCCAGGGGACUGUGUAUUUAGGUUAGAUUUCACAAUAUUUACAAAACUGAUGUAAAAUAGUUUUUUAAGAACCUGCCUAUCAAUUUAGGCAUAAAUAAUAAAACAAUAAACUAUAUAGCGAUUAUUAAAGUAAUUAUCAUAUAAAUAAUAUUACUUACCAGAGGACUGUGUGUGGUACCAGACCAAACGCGUAUUCACCUUACAAAUGAAGUUCUGACGCUAAACAAAAUGGUGUCUCGUUGCCACUUUCGGCAAGGUUGCCAAUUUAACAAUAAUUACGUUUCGUUUCUCUCUAAAAAACUUUUAUAAAUAUUACAGUUUCUUUUUAAUAUGGAUUUAAAUUUUUGGCAGGGGACUGUAUGGAAAUUCUAGGGACAAAGUUUACAAGUGUUUACUAAUAUAAUAGAAUUCGUAAUGAGACCUUGUUUUACGAAAAUAAUAUUAAUUUUAUAUUUUUUCUUAUUAUGUUAACUGCCAAAUGUAUGUAGUUUCAAUAACUUCUUCAUAAAUCUCGUUUCUAGGCGGGAAUACAGUGAUGGGGACAGCUAAGGGACUGUAUUUUUAGAGCUUCAAUCAUUUCUAGAAAAAAAAUUAAAAUAGUUAUGGUUCUAAAAACAAUGGGCCCGUAAAUUUUUGGGGUUAAAGUUUCAUUAGAAAUGAUUUUUAUGAAAGUAAUUAUACUACUUUUUGAAAAAAACAGUCGGGACAGCCGAUUACGAGUUUACAGAGAAUCACCCAUAUAUAUAUAUAUAU